GUGAACGUCGCGUCGUUGGUUAUUAGCGUUAAUUUUUUUUCUGUGGAUUGCAAUACAAUGAAUCAGAAACGUAGUCGUUCUGGUUCACUGUUAAAUUAUUUCAAAGUGGAGUCAAACACCACACCAAAUGUUGAACUACCAGAAUCAAAAAACCAAAAACCACCAAUCACAGCAGAAAAUUCAUCAACAAUAAAUAACAGUGCUACAGAUAUACCAAAUGAGUCUAAUAUCCAACUAAAUGAAGGUAAUAACAUAGUUCCAAAAUUUGAUAUAUCUUUAUAUGUUAACAAAAAAUUAAGUGAUCAUGAAAAAAUAAACAUUAUUCAAAAUAUGUGGGUCCCCGAUAAUAGUUAUAUUUUUAAAACUCAGCAAAUAGGAUCGCAAAACAGAAAAUUUAAUCGAUUUUGGUUGACAAAAUAUAAAUGGUUGGCGUAUUCUAAAUUAGAAAAUAGUGUUUAUUGUAAGACGUGUGUCUUAUUUGCCCCUUCAUAUGCUGGUAACUGUUCUUCUCAGGCACUUAAUCAAUUAGUUAAGACAGGAUAUAAUAAUUGGAAAAAUGCUUUAGAACGAUUCGAAAAACAUUCAUUUUUAAAUUAUCAUAAAGAUGCUAUUUUAAAAUAUGAUACUUUCAUUGACAUUAUGAGUGGAAAAUUGUUAUCAAUCGAUAAAAAAAUUGACAAAGAUUCACAAAAACAAGCCUUAGAUAAUCAGGAGAAACUUAAACCAAUUAUUAAAACAGUAAUUUUAUGUGGGCGUCAAAAUUUGUCGUUAAGAUCUCAUCGAGAUUAUGGCGUUUUUAGUACAAAAAAAGAGCCCGCGGAAAACGAAGGAAACUUUCGUGCCUUAUUGAGGGCUAGAAUUGAAUCAGGUGAUGAAAGUUUAAAAAAGCAUUUUGAAACUUGUAGUAAAAAUGCUACUUAUAUAAGCUGGAAUAUACAAAAUCAAAUUAUUGAAGUGUGUGAUGAAAUUAUUAUUAAAAAAUUAGUUACUAAAAUUAAUAAAGCUAAAUUUUUUUCUGUCUUGGCUGAUGAAACCACAGACGUAUCAACCGUAGAACAAUUUUCUUUAUGUGUGCGAUUUGUUGAAUUGAUGAGCAAUAAUGAGUAUAAAAUUGUUGAACAAUUUUUAAAAUUUGUUCCUGUGCAAUCUACUACAGGUCAACGCCUAGCCGAUGUUAUUUUAGAAACAUUAAACAAUAUUGGGAUUGAUUUAAACUUUUUACGUGGCCAAGGCUAUGAUGGCGCUUCUUCUAUGAGCGAUCAAUUUAAAGGCGUACAGGCACUUAUUACGAAUAAAUAUCCAACAGCAAUAUACGUACAUUGCGUUUCACAUAGUUUAAACUUAGCUUUAUCAAAUGCAGCUGAAGUAGUUCCAAUUAGAAACGCUUUUGGUAUUCUUGAAAAAAUAUAUACAUUUUUUAAUACUCCGAAACGUCAAGAUAUCCUUCAACAUAAUAUUGAAACAUCGACAUAUAAUUCAAAUAAAACGAAAUUAAAGCAACUUUGUCCAACCAGAUGGGUCGAACGUCAUGAUUCUGUUAUUAUAUUGAAACAAAUGUUGUUGCCUGUAGUUGCAGCUUUAGAAGAAAUACAGUCAUGGAGUUGUAAAGACUCAUCGUCUAAUGCGUUUUUACUGUUAUGUGGAAUUCGACAAUCAAGUUUUAUAAUAUCUCUAUUGUGUGCAGAAAAACUGUUAAGUUAUACUUUGCCAAUCAGUAAAAUUCUUCAAUCGACUGAUUUGGAUAUUUCGGAUGCUUUAAAUAACGUAGAUAGUGUAAUAUCUGUUCUGCAAAACAUACGAACAAAUGUUGAAAACGAAUUUAAAAUUAUUUUCAACGAAGCUUGCGAAAUUGCUGAUGCCUUAGAAAUAACAAUUGUUAUGCCUAGAUUAACAAAAAAUCAAACCAAACGGUGUAAUGUACCCUCAGAAAAUGAAGAAGAAUAUUAUAAACGUGCCAUUUUCAUUCCAUGGCUAGAUUCCUUUAUUAAUAGUAUAUCUGAACGAUUUUUAAAGCACAAAGAUGUGAUUAAAAGUUUUAAGUGCCUUUUACCAACUGGACAUAUUCCCAAUCAAACAGAAAAAUCACAGUAUUCAAAACUAUUGGAAUUUUACAAAAAUGAUAUACCACAAAAUGGAGUUAAUGCUGCAGCCGCCGAAUUCGAUUUAUGGUACCAAAAAUUCGCACACCAAAAUCAUUCUUUACCACAUAAUGCGAUCGAUGCAUUAAACUUGUGUAAUGAUACUCUAUUUCAAACUAUAUUUAUACUUUUAAAAAUAUUCUCAACAUUGCCUGUUUCAACAAGUACAACGGAAAGAUCAUUUUCUUCUUUAAGAAGAAUAAAAACAUACUUGAGAAAUACAAUGAGUCAGAAUCGACUGAAUGGAUUAGCUAUGCUUCGUAUUCAUAGAGAAAUCGAUGUUCAAACUUCAGAAGUACUAUCAAUACUAGGAAAAAAAGGACCAAGACGACUUAACUUCGUAGUUUAAAAUUAAAAGGUAAAAUGAAUAACUUCACCGUAACGGCACGCGGCGUGACUACUGACUAAAUCAAAACUAUGUAAAAUAUCAUAUUGUUAAUUUCAUAAAAGAAAGUGACGUAAAAAUCGUGCACAAGCACAAGCGUGUUUUCCGAUUUUUGUACAUAUUUAAAAAUAAAUACUGUAACUGUUAAAAGA